AUGAAUCACAUCAAACAACUUUUUUUGACAAUCUACAUAUCUCUAGCCAUAACAUACCAAGAUCAUGUCUUAGCCAGCAUCGCCACGACGAGAGACAUCAUAGUUCCAAAGAUUUCCGAGUGGCAAGUCACGGUGGUUAACGGUUUGACUACUAGUGAAAUUCUUUUCAUCCAUUGUAAAUCUAAGGAAGAUGAUCUAGGUGAAAUUAGUUUGAGGCCUAGAGAUAGAUUUUCUUGGAACUUUGGAGAAAAUAUGAUUCACUCAACUUUGUUUUGGUGCUAUAUAAGCAAAGAUGAUGGUCAUAUGAAUGUAAAAGUAUUUUGGGAUGAUGUUAUUUUGUUCCAUAGAUGUGGUUGGAAGACUUGUGUUUGGACCGCAAAGACUGAUGGUCUUUAUCUUUGGAAUUAUGCGAGCGGUGAAGAUGUAUUGUCGGAGAAAUGGGAAGUUGGAUGGUGA